UCGGGAGUGGGAUUGUUUCAAGCAGGAAGCAGGCUCCAUUUUAGCGCCGCCCGCCGUCGCCAUCUGUUUCCCUUCCCUCCCCCUACCCCCUCCCGUACCCAAGCCCCAACGGGAAGGCCGGGCCUAGGGCGCCAGAGGCUGGAGUGAAAGGAGAAAAGGGAGAAAGGGAAGAAGCGAGGAGAAAAAGGGUGAGUUGAGAAAGGUGAGCGGUAGAGGCCAAGGUGCGAAGCGCGCAGCCCAGCGGACGGACUGACGGACGUGCCCGUGCUACGGCUGCCGCGGCUGCGGCGCCCGCGCGGGUCGCGUCGAAGCGGCGGCGGCGGCGGCGGCGGCGGCGGCAGCAGCAGCAGCAGCGGAAACAGGAGGAGAGCAAUGGCGGCCGACAGCCGGGAGGAGAAAGAAGACUAUCAGGACUGCUCCAGCUGGUUGCUUUCAGAUGGAGAACUUAAUGUUCUAGAUGACAUUUUGACUGAAGUACCAGAACAGGAUGAUGAACUGUAUAAUCCAGAGAGUGAACAAGAUAAAAACGAGAAAAAGGGAUCAAAAAGAAAAAGUGACCGAAUGGAAUCUACUGACAUCAAGCGGCAAAAGCCUUCUCUUCAUUCAAGACAGUUGAUUUCUAAGCCACUGAGCUCAUCUGUCAGCAAUAACAAAAGAAUAGUUAGUACCAAGGGAAAGUCAGUUGCAGAGUAUAAAAAUGAGGAAUAUCAAAGAUCUGAAAGAAGCAAGCGUCUAGAAGCUGAUCGGAAGAUUCGUUUGUCGAGCAGUGCUUCUAGAGAACCUUAUAAGAGUCAGCCUGAAAAAACUUGUCUCCGGAAAAGGGAUCCCGAAAGGAGGACCAAAUCCCCUACACCAGAUGGUUCUGAGAGAAUUGGGCUUGAAGUGGAUAGACGUGCAAGCAGAUCCAGCCAGUCUUCUAAGGAAGAAGUUAACUCUGAAGAAUAUGGCUCUGACCAUGAGACUGGCAGCAGUGGUUCUUCUGAUGAGCAAGGCAACAACACUGAGAAUGAGGAGGAAGGGGUGGAAGAUGUGGAAGAAGAUGAAGAGGUAGAAGAAGAUGCGGAGGAAGAUGAAGAAGUGGACGAAGAUGGAGAAGAGGAGGAGGAGGAGGAGGAGGAAGAGGAAGAGGAAGAAGAGGAGGAGGAGGAGGAAGAAGAAGAAUAUGAACAGGAUGAGAGAGACCAGAAGGAAGAGGGAAAUGAUUAUGACACUCGAAGUGAAGCUAGCGACUCUGAUUCUGAAUCCGUUUCCUUCACAGAUGGAUCUGUCAGAUCUGGUUCAGGCACAGAUGGAUCAGAUGAGAAAAAGAAGGAAAGGAAGAGAGCUAGAGGCAUCUCUCCAAUUGUUUUUGAUAGAAGUGGAAGCUCUGCAUCAGAGUCCUAUGCAGGUUCAGAAAAGAAGCAUGAGAAAUUAUCAUCUUCCGUUCGUGCUGUCCGAAAAGAUCAAACCAGUAAACUCAAAUAUGUACUACAGGAUGCAAGAUUUUUUCUCAUAAAGAGUAACAACCAUGAGAAUGUGUCUCUUGCCAAAGCUAAGGGUGUUUGGUCCACGCUGCCAGUAAAUGAGAAGAAAUUAAAUGCUGCAUUCAGAUCUGCAAGGAGUGUUAUCUUAAUAUUUUCUGUCAGAGAGAGUGGAAAAUUUCAAGGAUUUGCAAGACUUUCUUCAGAGUCACAUCAUGGAGGAUCUCCUAUACAUUGGGUGCUUCCAGCAGGAAUGAAUGCUAAAAUGUUGGGAGGAGUUUUUAAAAUUGACUGGAUUUGCAGGCGUGAAUUACCCUUCACUAAGUCAGCUCAUCUCACCAAUCCUUGGAAUGAACAUAAGCCAGUAAAGAUUGGACGUGAUGGACAGGAAAUUGAACUUGAAUGUGGAACCCAGCUUUGUCUUCUAUUUCCCCCCGAUGAAAGUAUUGACUUGUAUCAGGUCAUUCAUAAAAUGCGUCACAAGAGAAGAAUGCAUUCUCAGCCCCGAUCAAGAGGACGUCCAUCCCGUCGAGAACCAGUCCGGGAUGUGGGAAGGCGUCGACCAGAAGAUUAUGAUAUUCAUAACAGCAGAAAGAAACCAAGGAUUGACUAUGCCCCUGAGUUUCACCAGAGACCAGGGUAUUUAAAGGAUCCACGAUACCAGGAAGUAGACAGUUUCACAAAUCUUAUUCCCAACAGACGAUUUUCAGGAGUUCGCCGAGAUGUGUUUUUAAAUGGGUCCUACAAUGAUUAUGUGAGGGAAUUUCAUAACAUGGGACCACCACCACCUUGGCAAGGAAUGGCUCCUUAUCCUGGAAUGGAACAACCUCCACACCAUCCUUACUAUCAGCACCAUGCUCCACCUCCUCAAGCUCAUCCCCCUUACUCAGGACAUCACCCAGUACCACAUGAAGCAAGAUACAGAGAUAAACGAGUACAUGAUUAUGACAUGAGAGUGGAUGAUUUCCUUCGUCGCACACAAGCUGUUGUCAGUGGUCGGAGAAGUAGACCCCGUGAAAGAGAUCGGGAGCGGGAGCGAGACCGCCCUAGAGAUAACAGAAGAGACAGAGAACGAGAUAGAGGACGUGAUAGAGAGAGAGAAAGAGAGCGAUUGUGUGACCGGGACAGAGACCGAGGGGAGAGAGGUCGAUAUAGAAGAUAAUGCGCUUUUGGAAGCACUGAUUGUUUAAAGAUAAAGAAAAUCUUGUAUUUUUUUUUUUUUUUUUUUUUUUUUUUUUUUGUGUGUGUUUACAAGUAGUAAAUUUAUUUUCAGCGGUCUACUUAAAGUUCAUUGUGUAGAAGGGUUUAUUAUAUCCCUUUAUGUUCCAAGCAUGCAGUAUAAUACGAACUGGAAAAACUCAAAUCCUCCAAAAAUGCACAGUUGACAAUUUGAGUUGACACUUUUAUUAAAGGAGCAGAAUGGAACAGUCCAAGAAUGUAGAUAUUGAUUCAUUCUCCAUAAAUGUUCAUCUACUUAUAGUGUGUUCAUCCUAGAGUUAUUUUUUGUUUGUUUUCUUUUGGAUCUUGAUUGAUGACUGCCAUGAUAUUUUGCUUUGAUGUGUUUCUAAAUGUAGUUGCACACGGUUCAGUAAAAAUAAUGCUGCUAUCAAGUAUGCAAAUAUUGAAGUAUGAUGGUUUGACAGUAUGGCAGUGUUGUAGCAGCCUCUUUGUUUCUCCCUUUCCCUCUUUUUUUAAUCUUAAAAAGUCACUUUUUAUUUUUCUUCGGUCUUCAAUGAUGAGAGCAAUAUUAAGAAGACAUUGCUAUCUAAUUUUUAAUCUUUUUAAAUAAAAAAAAUUCCUAUGUUCAGUAGCAUGGUUGAUGCUAUCGUUAGCCUUCCCCUCCAACUGUAUACAUUGGCUUGGAAUGUUCACAACUUAUGUGUGUGGCAGCGGAAGAUAUUCCAUAUUCUACAUUGCUACUGUUUUGUAUAAAAUAAAUUGGUAAAGAUUGACACUUA